CCCAUACACUGAACAUGAAGCCACAACUAUGGGUUUAGAAGAAACAGAAGAAGAUAACACCCGACCCGUAUCCAUACCACAUGAGCUCAUAUCCGAAAUCCUCACACGACUGCCAGUCAAGUCACUGGCCCGUUUCCAAUCGGUUUCGACACAAUGGGACUCCACCAUAACCCACCCAUCAUUCUGCAUAUCACACUUGACCCACUCGGCCUCUCGUGCUUCCACCACCCUCAUUCUAACCUUCAUCAACCGGUUCACCUCCGAUCGAAACAUUUUUUCUGUUAGCAUUCCUCCAAACGGAAACGGGUCGGGUGUAAACCCGACCCGUGUCCUUACCAUCCCCGGGUUUGCCCAUCCGUUUGUCUCGCAAUCACUCAAUGGGUUGAUAUGUUUGAAUAUGGGAUCCAUGUGUGUUUGUAAUCCUUCCACUCGUAAAUUUGUUAAGCUUCCUUGGACGCAAACAGAGGUUGCUGACAAAAGGUGUCUGCAGCCUCAGGUUGCGCCCAUACGUCACCGGGCAAACGCAUUUGGGUUUGACCCGGUGACAAAUGCACAUAAAGUGCUGGAUACUUGGAUUACUUGUCAUGACAAUGAUGAAAAUGGAAUCAUUAUAGAGCAGAGGGUAUUUACUAUCGGGACGGGGUGUGACAAGUGGCGGAGGAUCGCAGAGGGCCCAUCAUAUUUCCCGUUCAAUGAAAGUGUAUGUAUAAAUGGCAAGAUCUACUUCAGGGCUUACCCAAGUAUGAUCGCUUCAGAAAAGCCUGUUAUGGUUGUUUUUGAUGUUCAUUCCGAAGAAUUUCAGUUCAUUCAAAUGAAUGAUGAUCUCAUUUCGGAUUCGGAAGACACUGUUUUGAUGGAACAUGAUGGGCAUUUAGCCAUUGUGGACCAUCAAGGCGUAACAAACGGUGAAGUAAACGCUAUCCAAAUGAGGGUACUAAUAGACGAGAAAGAUGGCAAAUGGGUUAAGAAGUGUGUCAAGAUUCCAGAAAAGCAUAGUGAGAUGAAGGAUCGUCAGAGAUUCAUAUUUACCGGGACUACGUUUACAGGAGAGAUGAUUUUUGCAGAGAGAAAGUUGGUUAAUCCUUUCCAUGUAUUCUUCUAUGACAUCAAGAAAAAUGAAGCUAAGAAGGUGAAGAUUUGCGGGCUGACAGAGUUCGACUUUAGUUACAGCAAUGUUCUCAUGAAUGUUACUAGUGUUAAUGAGCAUGUAGAAAGCAUCAAGUCUUUAACUUAGACCGUUUUUGCAGGGUCGAAAUCCUGUAGUUCAACUUUUAUUGCUAGACGUACAAUUUAAUAUAAGAUGGUCACGUUAGAAUGGUUCGGAAAUAAUAUCUCAAACGUGUCUAAUCUUUCUAUUA